AUGAGCAGAUUAGUUGCGAUUUCCUCCAAGAGAUUUGUUCAUUUGGAGAAAGGUAAACAUGGAACUUCUUCUCCAUCAUUUUGCUGGAGACGAGUUUUCUCUGGUCUCAGUGAUGAUAGCAGAGAGAUUCUCAGGAAUGGGCUUCGUGAUAUUAAGCUAGAUGAUGCUAUUGAUUUGCUCAGUGAAAUGGUAAAGUCUCGUCCUUUGCCUUCCAUUAUUGAGUUUAGUAAAUUAAUGAGUGCUAUUGCGAAGAUGAAGAAGUAUGAUGUUGUCAUCUCUAUGGGCGAGCAGAUGCAAAUGUUGGGAAUUUCUCAUAGUCUCUAUACUUAUAGUAUUUUGAUCAACUGUUUUUGCCGCCAAUCUCAGCUCUCUCUUGCUUUAGCUGUUCUUGGCAAGAUGAUGAAACUCGGCUAUGAACCUAGCCUUGUCACGUUUAACUCGCUGCUCAAUGGUUUCUGUCAAGGGAAUAGGAUUUCGGAUGCAGUAUGUCUGGUCGAUCAAAUGGUGGAAAUGGGAUAUAAACCUGAUACAGUGACAUUCAACACUCUAAUUCAUGGACUUUUUCUCACCAACAAAGUCUCAUAA